AUGGCAAACAUCAACGACUUGUCUAACGAUUUGCUGGUGAAGAUCUUGCUAUCGAUUCCGACUAAAGAUAUCGUGGCCACGUCUCUUCUCUCCAAACGAUGGCGUUCCGUUUGGAAACUGGUGCCGAAGAUCCACCACGACGAUUGUUCAUACACUGCCACAGCUUCUUCACAGUUUAUCGAAAAGUUCUUGCAGCUGAACAAUGCUCCGUUUCUAGAAUCUUUGCGUCUCAGACUCGAGAAAAACUAUACACCUCGAGAUUACGAAAGAUGGGUUAACGUUGCAGUUUCUCGCAAUGUGCGUGAGCUAGAUCUUCUUCGUAAUGUAUCUUACUUAAGGCCCAUGCCGUUACCUACGAGCGUGUUCACACAUGAAACCCUUGUGGUGUUACGUCUCAAACAUGCCCUCAUUGAGAAUGUUCCUUCAGCAACACUGCUCCGGUGCCUCAAGGACUUGUCUCUGAGAGAUGUGAUCUUCUCAAGCGACGAAACCGUUGAUAGGUUUCUCACCUGUUGCCCUGUUCUUGAAACGUUGGAAGUAGUUCUAUGGAUCUCCCGAAAGGUGAAGACUUUCGCGAUCCGUGUGCCGUCGUUGCAGCGGUUGAAGAUCAGCUCUCUUGUGGCAGGUUAUCAAGAUGCAUGGAAAGAUCAUGGAUUUGUGGUCGAUGCUCCUUGUUUAAAGUAUCUAGAGAUUGUCGAUCAUUUCAGUGAGUUUUGUUCGUUAGUUAAUGUGACUGAGGAGGUGGAAGCGAAACUCCAACUUAGGCAUUGUGAUUCUGAGAAGCUUCUUGGAUCUCUUAUCUCAGCUAAGAGCCUUGCCUUGUGUCUGAAACCACAAAUGGAGUCAUAUACUAAAGCUGACUUUGAUCAGCUCGUGUCUCUAGAGCUGUGUGUUACUUGCUCGUUAGAUUGGUUGAAUCUUAGCCUCAGUCAUUCUCCUAAACUCCGAGCUCUAAGAUUGACAUUAUUUAGAGACCCCGGCUGCAAUAAUAUCAGACAUGUCCGGACUAAGUGGGAGAAACCGAGUUGUGUCCCUGAAUGUUUGAUGUUGAGUCUCGAAUCUGUUGAGUGGGUUUAUUACAAAGGAGCACAAGAGGAGAAUGAUGUGGUGAAGUAUUUGCUAAAGAAUGGAAAUUUACUAGAGACGAUGAGUAUUAGAUUCUCAGUAUCCAUCCAGAUGGAAGAGAAAAACAGAAUGCAGAUGAAGUUAGAGUCCAUGCCGAGGAGUUCCAGCAAAUGCCAGCUUUCAUUCACCUAA